AAGUGGGGGGGCACAAGCAUUGUGGGGGGGGGGGCCCGGCCCCCUAUGGCCCGCCCAUAGCGACGGGCCUGUAGUGAGUACUGUAUGCAAACAGCAUGGAUUAAAAAAACGGAAUGACGCAUUAGUAAACCUCAUCUCUAUGGGUUUGAUGUCUGUCUUCAAUAUUUUUCCCUGGGAUUUUUCUUUAAAAAAACAUAUGUAUUGCCUCAUAUGUAUUUUUGUAGGAGGGCGGGGCAAAGAUGGGGCCCCCAUUAUCACGUUCCCAGAGUACACCGAUUUUACCGAUCUGCCUGAUGAGGACUUCCUAAAUGUGGUCACCUAUCUGACAAGCAUUCCCAGCCUGGACGCCGCCAGCAUCGGCUUCGUGAUCAUCAUUGACAGAAGGAAGGACAAGUGGACGUCUGUCAAGGCCUCCCUCACAAGGAUAGCUGGAGCGUUUCCUGGGAAUCUCCAGCUUGUGCUGGUGUUGAGGCCGUCCCGGUUCCUGCAGAGAACCAUAGCCGACAUUGGCAUCAAGAUGCACAGGGACGACUUUAAAAUGAAGGUACCGAUCGUAAUGCUCAACUCGCUGUCAGACCUGCACGGCUAUGUGGAUAAGUGCCAGCUGACCUGUGAGCUCGGAGGAAGUCUGGACUACUGCCACAGUCAGUGGAUCCACCACCGCACGGCUAUCGAGAACUUUGCAGUGACGGUGAAGACCACAGCCAAGAUGCUGCAGAAGUUUGGCACGGACCUGGCCGAAACGGAGCUGCCCAAUGACGUACCGUGCACCAAGGAGCUCCUGACCGCACACACCGAGAAACACACCACGCUCAAGGAUGAAUUGAAACUAGCACUAAAGCAGGGAACGACAUUGCUAGGUUGUAAAAGGAACAGUCGGCCAAAUCAGAGAGCCACAAACUCAACCCAGACGAAAUAGAGAACCAGACCACCGUAGAAAGGCUGUUAGCCCAGCUGGACGAGACAGAAAAUGCCUUUGAGCAGUUCUGGUCAAAACACCAUCUGAAACUGGAACAGUGUUUGCAGUUGCGA